CCCUUUUUUUUGUGUGUGCCGCUUUGCAUGCUGGGUGUAUCGAGCGCUGCGGCGUGAGUGCGGCCUAGCAGAAGCGUCCAGGCCUGCCAGUCGUGCAGCAGAGCUCGCCGAGCGGGGGGGCAGCAAACAGCGGGCAUACCGAGGCCUACCCAGGAGCUUACCUAGAUAUAUAAACCGGCAGCGAGGCGGCCCCUUCCCGGCUGGGGCGGGGAGGAGGAGAAGCGGCCGGUACCAAGCAGAGACAACCUACCGGCCCAGCAGCACGUUCCCAAGGCUGGGACCAUGGCGGGACUCCCUCCCCUCUGGAAGUAUAAAGUUGCUACUGUAAAUAUGUCUUACCCUCCGCAUCUGAACCGCCCUCCUAUGGGGAUCCCUGCUCUUCCUCCUGGGAUUCCACCCCCUCAGUUCCCAGGCUUUCCCCCACCACCAGGGACACCAAUGAUUCCUGUACCAAUGGGUUUAAUGGCUCCUGGACCAACCGUUUUAGUACCGACAGUAUCCAUGGUUGGAAAACAUCUCGGACCUCGAAAAGACCUAAUGGGUCUAAAAAAUAAGGAAAAUGAUGAAAAUAGUGGUCCAACAACCACUGUUUUUGUAGGAAAUAUUUCAGAAAAGGCAUCUGACAUGCUCAUCAGGCAACUUCUAGCAAAAUGUGGUUUGGUUUUGAGCUGGAAACGAGUGCAAGGAGCAUCUGGAAAACUUCAGGCAUUUGGAUUUUGUGAAUAUAAGGAGCCAGAAUCUACCCUUAGAGCUUUACGCUUGCUUCAUGACCUUGAAAUUGGGGAGAAAAAACUACUUGUGAAGGUUGAUGCCAAAACUAAAGCACAACUAGAUGAAUGGAAAGCAAAUAAAAAAGCUUCAAAUGGGACUGCCAAACCUGAAUCGACAACUGAUGAGGAUGAUGACAUUGAUGAUGAGACAAAGAGACGGGAUGGGAUUAUUAAAGGGGCUAUUGAAGUCCUAAUAAAGGAAUAUUCCAGUGAGCUAAAUGCCCCUUCUCUAGACUCAGAUUCUCACACCCGAAAGAAAAAAAAGGAUAAAAAAGACGAGUUGUCAUGUAACACAAGGCUUGAUGUUGUGCAUGAUCGAGGUUUCCGCAACGAUAAAUCCAUAUCAGAAAUGUUUUUACUGCAGGAGGAUAUAAAUGCAAUAGAAAUGGAGGAAGAUAAGAGGGACUUGAUUUCCCGAGAAAUCAGCAAAUUCAGGGAUACGCACAAGAAACUGGAGGAGGAGAAAGGCAAAAAAGAAAAGGAGAGGCAAGAAAUAGAGAAGGAACGCAGAGAGCGAGAGAGGGAACGAGAGCGAGAAAGAAGGGAGCGAGAUCGUGAAAGGGAAAAGGAACGAGAGAAGGAGAAAGAAAGAGAGCGGGAUCGUGACAGGAUAAAAGACCGCGACAGAGACAGAGACCGGGAUAGAGACAGAGAUCGUGAUAAGGACAGAGACCGAGCAAGAGACCACAGUAAAGACAGGAGUCGAUCAAGAGAGAAAAGCAGAGAUCGUGAUAGAGAGAGGGAGCGUGAGCGAGAGCGUGAAAGAGAGAGAGAACGGGACAGAGAAAGAGAUAGAGACAAGGAUAAGAAGAGAGAUAGGGAGGAAGACGAGGAAGAAGCGUAUGAGAGACGAAAGCUAGAAAGAAAACUGCGUGAGAAGGAAGCUGCAUAUCAAGAGCGUUUGAAGAACUGGGAGAUAAGAGAGCGGAAAAAGGCCAGAGAAUAUGAGAAGGAAGCUGAACGGGAAGAAGAAAGGCGAAGGGACAUGGCCAAAGAAGCCAAAAGACUAAAAGAAUUUUUGGAGGAUUAUGAUGAUGAUCGAGAUGAUCCCAAAUAUUACAGGGGUAGUGCACUUCAGAAAAGAUUAAGGGAUCGAGAAAAGGAGAUUGAAGGAGAUGAACGUGACCGGAAACGCGAGAAAGAAGAACUUGAAGAAAUCAGACAGCGUUUAUUAGCAGAAGGCCACCCUGAUCCUGAUGCAGAGCUUCAGAGGAUGGAGCAGGAAGCAGAACGACGCCGGCAGCCCCCGCAGAUUAAACCACAGCCAGUAUAUGAGGAAGAAGAAGAGGAGGUGAAACCAAUAAGAGAGGAGAAAGUAGAAGAACCUAUAGAAGAGGAAGAAGAACCGGAGCCAAAACCCUGCCUUAAACCUACCCUGAGGCCUAUCAGUUCUGCCCCAUCAGUUUCGUCUGCUAGUGGCAACGCGACCCCCAACUCUCCAGGAGACGAGUCUCCAUGUGGGAUUAUCAUCCCCCAUGAGAACUCACCAGAGCAGCAGCCUCAAGAGGAGUAUAGGCCAAAAAUAGGACUUAGCUUAAAAUUAGGAGCAUCCAGUAGUCCAAGUCAACCGAAUGCUGCAAAGAGGAAGAAGCUGCCUGUAGAUAGUGUUUUUAAUAAAUUUGAUGAUGAAGACAGUGAUGAGGUACCCCGGAAAAGGAAACUGGUGCCAUUGGAUUAUGGGGACGAUGACAAAUCCUCAGCCAAAAACAAUGUGAACACAGAAGAGAAACGCAAACAUAUCAAGAGUCUUAUAGAGAAAAUCCCCACUGCUAAGCCGGAGCUAUUUGCUUAUCCGUUGGACUGGUCGAUUGUGGACACUACACUAAUGGAGCGAAGAAUAAGGCCGUGGAUUAACAAGAAAAUUAUAGAAUAUAUAGGUGAAGAAGAAGCCACAUUGGUUGAUUUUGUGUGUUCCAAGGUUAUGGCACACAGUUCCCCACAGAGCAUACUUGAUGAUGUCGCUAUGGUACUGGAUGAAGAAGCCGAAGUCUUUAUAGUGAAAAUGUGGCGAUUACUAAUAUAUGAAACGGAAGCAAAGAAGAUCGGUCUUGUGAAUUCUUCUGUCCCGUAUCUCUCCCUUAUUAAAGGCUCUCACUCAUCACCAAACUUGUCCACAAAGUAACCCAGUGUCUCAGCUGGAACGGUUUAAAAACUACAGCAAUUGUACAGUGGCUCCUUUGUGUUUUUGCCCAUCCGUGCUCUUGUAUAUAUUAAAAUCUCAACUUUUCGCUA